GAGCCGGGCCGGGGCGGUGAGUGGGGAAGCCGGCGCCCGGGCGGAGCGCCAUGGGGAGCCCCCGCGCCGCGCUGCUGAUGCUGCUCGUGCGCCCGAUCAAGCUGCUGAGGAGGCGCUUCCGGCUGCUGCUGCUGCUCGCCGUGGUGUCGGUGGGACUCUGGACUCUGUAUCUGGAGCUGGUGGCGUCGGCCCAGGCCGGCAGGAACCCCCUGAAUCACAGGUACAGCAGCUGGAGGGAGCUGGCCAAGGCACUGGCCAGCAGGAACAUCCCAGCUGUUGAUCCCAAUCUCCAAUUCUACCGUCCUCAGAGGCUGAGCCUCAAGGACCAAGAAAUUGCCCGAGGCAGGAGUAAGAACAGUAGCUACUUGAAGUGGAACAAGCCUGUCCCCUGGCUCUCAGAGUUCCGGGGCCAUGCCAACCUGCAUGUGUUUGAAGACUGGUGUGGCGGCUCCAUCCACCAGCUCAGGAGGAACCUGCACUUCCCCCUGUACCCCCACAUCCGAACCACUCUGAGGAAGCUGGCUGUGUCCCCCAGAUGGACCAACUAUGGUCUCCGAAUAUUUGGCUACCUGCACCCUUUUACUGAUGGGAAAAUCCAGUUUGCCAUCGCUGCUGACGACAACGCCGAAUUCUGGCUGAGUUGUGAUGACCAGGUCUCAGGCCUUCAGCUGCUGGCCAGUGUGGGCAAGACAGGAAAGGAAUGGACAGCCCCUGGAGAGUUUGGGAAAUUUCAGAGUCAAAUUUCCAAGCCAGUGAGCUUAUCAGCCUCCCUCAGGUACUACUUUGAGGUGCUGCACAAGCAGAACGAUGAGGGUACGGACCACGUGGAGGUAGCGUGGAGACGGAAUGACCCAGGGGCCAAGUUUAUGAUCAUUGACUCCCCCUUCUUAUCCCUCUUUACAAAUGAGACCAUCCUAAAGAUGGAUGAAGUGAGCCACAUCCCACAGACAGCAGCCAGCCAUGUGGGCUCCUCCAACACUCCCCCCAGGGAUGAGCAGCCCUCGGCUGACAUGCUGCAGCCUGACCCUCGGGACACCCUCUAUCGAGUGCCUCUGAUCCCCAAGUCCCAUCUGCGCCAUGUCCUGCCUGACUGUCCCUACAAACCCAGCUACCUGGUGGAAGGUCUCCCGUUACAGCGCUACCAGGGCCUUCGCUUUGUUCAUCUGUCCUUUGUUUAUCCCAAUGACUAUACCCGCCUGAGCCACAUGGAGACCCACAAUAAAUGCUUCUACCAAGAAAGCGCCUCUGAUCAGGACAGGUCCAGCUUCCAGGAGUAUAUCAAGAUGGACAAGCCGGAGAAGCAGGGCCUGGAGCGGCCAGGUUUGGAGGACGGCCUUCUAGAAGAAUCCCAGUAUGAAGAAGCACCAGAUGGAAUCCCUGCCUCUCUAGACCAGAAGACGGGGACACAGAGGAGCAAACCAAAGACUACGUCCGCCCCGGGGUUGGGGGUCACUGACUACCACUUGCGGAAGCUCUUGGCUCAAUCACAGAGUGGCCCACUGGCACCCCUUUCCAAACAGAACUCUCCAGCGUCCUCUCCAGCCAGGACAAGUGACCUGCCAGUGCAGCAGCCGGAGAGAAGGACGGGGGAAGCUGACCCUGUACCCAGCCAAAAUUUGUCUCGUUCUGACAAGGGGCCCCCGAGGAACCCUCCUCUCACCCCGAGAGCCAGGCCCGCCGGUGACCAUCCUGCAAAGACUCUUGAGCAGUCGCAGUGGCUGAAUCAAGUGGAAUCCUACAUUGCUGAGCAGAGAAGGGGUGACAGGAUGGAGCUUCAGGUCCCCAGCAGGAGCUGGCACGGGGAGGAGGAAGUGGUGAUAGCAGCGGACCCCGAAGGAGACGUGGAGGAAGUGGAGGAGGGGGAGGAAGACGAGGAAGAAGAUAUGGGCGAGGUUUUCGAGUAUGUACCUGUGUUCGACCCAGUCGUGAACUGGGAGCAGACCUUCAGCGCGCAGAACCUCGACUUCCAAGCCCUGAGGACUGACUGGAUUGACCUGAGCUGUAACACGUCGGGCAACCUGCUGCUUCCGGAGCAGGAGGCCCUGGAGGUCACGCGGGUCUUCCUGAGAAAGCUCAGCCAGAGGACCCGGGGGAGAUACCAGCUGCAGCGCAUUGUGAAUGUGGAGAAGCGCCAGGACCGGCUUCGAGGGGGUCGCUACCUCUUGGAGCUCGAGCUGCUGGAGGGCCAGCGCCUGGUACGGCUCUCUGAGUAUGUGUCCACUCGAGGCUGGCGUGGAGGUGACCCCGCUGGCAGGGAGGACACAGAAGCCCGGAACCUGCAGGGCCUGGUCUGGAGCCCACGCAGCCGCCGCAGACACGUCCUGCAUGCCCAGGAUCCAGAGCCUAAGUUAUGCUGGCCCCAAGGUUUCUCCUGGAAUCACGGAGCGGUGGUCCACUUUAUUGUGCCUGUGAAGAACCAGGCUCGCUGGGUGCAGCAGUUCAUCAGAGACAUGGAGGACCUGUCCCAAGCCACGGGCGACUCACAUUUCAACGUCAUUAUCACAGACUACAGCAGCGAGGACAUGGAUGUUGAGAUGGCUCUGAAGAGGUCCAGGCUGCGGAGCUACCAGUACCAGAAGCUGAGUGGGAACUUUGAGCGGUCUGCCGGACUACAGGCCGGCAUAGACCUGGUGAAGGAUCCACACAGCAUCGUCUUCCUCUGUGACCUGCACAUCCACUUUCCAGCAGGAAUCAUCGAUGCCAUCCGGAAGCACUGUGUGGAGGGCAAGAUGGCCUUUGCCCCCAUGGUGAUGCGGCUGCACUGCGGGGCCUCUCCACAGUGGCCUGAAGGCUACUGGGAGGUCAAUGGAUUUGGUCUGCUCGGCAUCUACAAGUCGGACCUGGACAAGAUCGGGGGCAUGAACACCAAGGAGUUCCGAGACCGCUGGGGAGGGGAAGACUGGGAGCUGCUGGACAGGAUCCUGCAGGGGGGCCUGGAAGUGGAGCGGCUGUGCCUCAGGAAUUUCUACCAUCACUUCCACUCCAAGCGAGGCAUGUGGAACCGACGCCAGGUGAAGAUGCCGUGACCUCAGGGGACAGCUGCUUACGACUCCUCAACCCGGCGCUCUGCCUGCCACUCGCUCCAGGAGGGAAGAUGAGGAACCGAAUCCUCAGCACCAACCGCCCUCUCCACCAGGAGCUGUCCCUGCAUGCAGGGCUGAGCGCCCAGGCUCCUCGGCCACCCACUGGGUGGACAUGGGGACCUGCUGCGAAGGAUGGCCAGCAAGGUCAAGAAGAAAACACCUGCCUGAGCAGAAUUCCGUCUCUUCCACAAACGUGCCUCCCUACAGCCCAGUGCCCCUCAGAGGGAGUGUUGACUGUGAACCAGAGACUUCAACAGGACAGAUUUUAUUUGGGGUGGGGGGUUGCGGGAGAUGGGUAAUUUUUAACAGAGAAUGAAGACUUCUGUCUAGACCCAGCAUUCACUGGGGCGAAACUGUGCGUUGCAGCCCUCAGACCCCUGAGGUGCUGGUCCUGGCGAGGCCGUCCAGUCUGUGCCUUCUAAACGUACGCACCUCUCCCGGUGGCCACUGAAGAGCUGGCUACCACCUGGGGCGUUAACCCACCUCGGACAGAUAGAGGGUUCUCUAGACUGGCAGCCCCACAUUGGUGGCAUCUUCCUGCUGCAGUGGGGUGUUGUGGGGGAAUGGGUGGGCAGUGGGCCCGUCCUCCUGAGGGUCCGACAUACGGACUGUGUAGGACCAGCAAAGACAAGCAGGUAGAGAAAUGCCCCUUCACCCCUCCUGUUUGCCUGCCAGGUAAGACCUGGAGAGAGUAGGAAGGCACCACCAAAGGUGACGUGGAGAGCCUGUCAACUGCGCAGGUGGGAGCUUGUGAGGGGUUCAAGACAAAAAGGGAAGAAAUUGUCUGCAAGCCUGAUGCGUCCCUGGCCUUGCCCUUCUACAGAGAGAGACCUCCAGGCCCCAAGAGGAGAUGAAGAGGUGUGGGCGAUGCCUGACCAUUGGAUAAGGGGCAGGGUGAGGUCAGGGAGGCCAGGACAGUGGCAGGACGAACAGGAAAAUGGCUAGUUUCGGUUAGAACAGCGGUAACCUUUUCUGUCUUUAGCUACGCCUUCUGUCACCUGACGUCACAUUUACCUUGCACUAACUAUCCCAGUGCUCUCUGGCUGGGGACUUUCUCCUGCUGCUGCUGCUGACUCACCAGUGGUGCAUUGGGUGCUGGGUAUUGAUCUCAGUCUGUGAAGUGAGGGUCAGCGCAGCCCCUUCUCGCUUCGAGAGAGGGCUCGUGGCUGUGCAGCGGGGCCACUCCGCAGAGCCUGAUUACCGUGCUGUGAAUCAAGAGUGCAGCAUUUGGAGCUGCAGGGCCCACAUGAUGGGCUCUGGGUGCCAGGAACAGAGCUCGGCACACCGGGAACCCCCUGGGCCUUUCCUUUACGCAAUCUGAAGGGCAGGGUGGUUUCUCUUCAUGGGCUGUGUCUUUCUCUCCUCCCUGCUCAGGCCCUCUGCCCUUUAGAAAAGGCACAUAGGAAGUAGCUGGGGUGCCAGGAUUCUCUCUAAAGCCAUGGACUCUCGGCAUCGUGCUGUAAGGCCGGGGCCAGUCCCGACAGCCCUCCUCAUCUGCUUCUGAGGACUAGGAACCCCCUUGGCCUUACCCACCCUGCUUACCACCUCCCUCUUGGGUCCAGUGCCUUGUGUUUGAUGUCUGUUACCUCCUUACCAUCUGCCUUAAGGGAAAGGAAAAUGUCGUGGGUGGGGACAGGGAGGAGGGCAUUAAAGUCAGCAUCUUAGAAAAUCAAUGGCUGCUGUCCUAUUGCCCAGUCGCGGUAAACGGGUUGGCCAGGAGAGCCAGGGAGCUGUGUUUCCCGUCCCUCAGCCGGGUGCUCACUGACAGGCCACGUACCUUCUGUUCAUGGUUUGGUGCUUGCGGGCAGAAGGGACAAGCUUUCUGUGCUACACUGUGCUUGGAAGGGCGCAGCUCUGUCCUGGCUGUGUCUCAGCAGACCAGCUCAGUGGAGGUCAUGGUCUCGGCUAGAAAGGCUCCCCCUCGAGUGAAGGAGGCCAGUCAGAGCAGUGCAACUCCAAUCCCAGCAUUUGGGAAGCCGAGACAGGAAGAUCGGGAGAGCAAGGCCAACCUCGGCUCCUUAGCAAGAAGCCA